AUGGAGUUUCUUUGGCAUCUACUAAUGGCGAUUGGGAUUCUUGCAGGAACUGGGGUGUCUGAGAAAUGCACCCCACCAGCAGGGGGUCAGAACUUGGCGCUGGGACGCCUGGCCAUUCAGUCGUCCACAAACGAUCAAUACGAGCCUGGAAAAGCCGUGGAUGGAAAACACAGUGGGAUUUUAAACGAUCACUCCUGCACCCAUACCCAGUGCGACCACGAGCCGUGGUGGAGGGUGGACUUGGGCAGUCGUCAGUCUGUCUCCACGGUGAUAGUGAAGAACAGAGAGGACUGCUGUGGGCAGAGACUCGAGGGGGCCCAGAUCCGUGUGGGAGACUCCCUGGACGACCAUGGCAAGCACAACCCCAUCUGCGGGACCAUCACCAACACCGGUCUGGGAUCCGUCAGCACCAUCUGCUGCAAGGGGCUGCAGGGCCGCUACGUCACCAUUGUCAUCCCGGGCAGAAGGGGGAUUCUCACCCUGUGUGAGGUCGAGGUCAUAGCUCAGGACUGCACCCCACCACCAGGGGCUCGGAACGUGGCGCAGGGGCACCCGGCCACUCAGUCCUCCACAAACGAGGAAUUCGGGUCUGUAAAAGUCGGGGCUGAAAAGGCCGUGGAUGGAAAAUGCGAUGGGACUUUGACUCAUUACUCCUGCACCCACACCAAGGAUGAGAGAGAGCCGUGGUGGAGGGUGGACUUGGAAAGUCGGCAUUAUGUCUCCACGGUGAUUGUGAAGAACAGGGAGGACUGCUGUGGAGAGAGACUCGAGGGGGCCCAGAUCCACGUGGGAGACUCCAAGGAUGGCCACGGCAAGCACGACCCCAUCUGCGGGACCAUCACCAACAGCACAGAAGGAUCCGUCAGCACCAUCUGCUGCAAUGGGCUGGCGGGCCGCUACAUCAGCAUCAUCAUCCCAGACAGGGUGGCGAUUCUCACCCUGUGUGAGGUCGAGGUCUACGGCAUCCAGGUGACGGAUGAGUGCAACUAA